GGGUACCGCCGAGAGUGCCCCAUCCAGGUAUCUCUUAUCCAUGCUUCGUCCAAAAUAUUUUUGUUCCACUAUCUCUGUCUGUAUUGUCGGUGAAAAUCUUUCAAAUCAAAAUAUAAGAAAAGGAAUCCCACGCGCCCUCUAGUUCCGCGGUGCAACAGGAGGGUCAGCCUCAGCUGAAGUGACGUGGUGACGCAGACGAUGGUGGUCAGGCGAACAAGGGACUAAACAGAACUGCAAGGUGAAGCAAGAGGUCUUGCAGGCUGUGACAUUAGAGUUGAAAUUUCAUCAAACAAAGGAAGUCCCUGGAGGCUGGUCGGGUCCGCUGCAAGUCCCUGUAAAUUUGUGGACGCUCAAGCUGAAGUUGAAGUUGCUUGUCGAUCACCUUUUUUCCUUGCACUAUGGUACUCCUCUGUGGGAGGUUUGUUGUGGCUGCUUUGGUCCUGCUGGUCUCACCAACUGCCUGUCUCUCAAAGGACCGUGACUGCGAUGUACCCGACUCCUAUCAUGCUGAACCGAGCACCUCGACAAAAUGCACGAUGGAGCUCAACAAUCUGGCCGAUAGCCUGUCGGGCAUCUCGCGCUGUAUGAUCAUGUCGGCGCGUCCCCUGACGGCGUGUCUGAGCUGCUACCCGCUAAUGUCAGACCUGGAGCGGGCGUACACCACCAUUGUGGGGUCUGGCCCCGACCAGUCCGCGUGCGCGCACGAGCUGCUGGACCGGGACUCGACUCACAUGAUGUUGCGCGCGUACGCCUACUACACGGAGCUGCUGGCGGUGAGCCGCUGUGAACGCUGCCUGGAGAGGGGCACCAACGGUACCUACCGGCUCAAGGACGGCGUCACCCGCUUCAUGGACACGGACGCAGCGUUCCGGAGGUGUAUGCAGCUUGAGUUUCCUGCUCACAAGGCUGUGAACGCCAGCGCGGACAUGUGCGACUUUUGUCGACCCCAGUACGACAUGGAGCAGAUUCACGCCAAGGAUAUCAUCAAGGACACCCGCGACUGGCAGACCUGCCGCGAUAUUAUCGACAUGGCCAACACGACUCAGUACAUGUGGGAGCACUACGGCUGUGACGUCUGGGUGCUGACCCUGGAGCGGUUCCUGUACUCGCUCAUCCCUCUGGCCAUCUCCGCUGUGCUCAUCGUCUCCUUCUACGGCUACGUCUGGUGGCGCUACCAGCGUCUGGAGCGCGAGGCGGCAGCGCGAGAGGCAGAGCGGGGCGCGCGCCGUCCCUCGGUGGGCAAAAAGGAGCAUCUGUAUGACUACAGUGGACUGCGGCGGAGGCCCAACAAGGUAGCGAUGAGGGAAAGGGCCGAGAGAGAGGAGAGGGAGCAGAGGGAGGGGAGAGUGGAGCAGGCGGAGGAUGGAGAGAGUGAUGAGAGCGAGGAGACGGACGCCGGUGACGCGGGGAAGGAGGAGUAGCGCGGGUCGCCGCCAGGUGGCAGACGCCGGGCCCCGCGGGCUGUGCUGACUGGAGCUGUGAGUGGCGAGUGCGAGUGUGGGCUCUAGUUUAGUGGAUAAUCCGUGAGCUUUUAGUGGUCAGUGGUCCCAUGCUCGACCCCGGGGAGUGUAAGGCGUUUUAAGAAGUGACUGCGCAAAUGUACGCUCGCAUUUUAUACAGGCUUUAAUCAUUGUAUUCACGUAUAUCCGUAGCAUUUUCAUGAUUCAGGUAUCCAUUGCGUGAGGUUCACACGGCGCCUGAGUCACCUUGUGUACUUUUAUAUCCUUUUGGCGCCUGAUCUCGAUUGUAGCCAGCUUCCCUGCGUAAUGUCUUAGGGGCUGUUCCACAGCUAGCGUCGAGCUUUGAUGGUUUGUAAUCAAUAAUUUUAUUGUACGCGGCUGUGGCAGAGAAGGGCCUCGCGAGGUCCAAGUGCCUUACCAACAUGUAUACCUUAUUUUGUCAUUGUAUCUGCUUGCGUGUUCAUCAUUGCUUUUUAUCGAGUUCAUAAGUACGGAGAAUAUACCUACCUCAAGAGUCAA